AUGUCGUCCCAGAUCGGCCCGGAGCUGCCGCCACACCUUGCCAAGAGGAAGCGCACACCCGACGAUGACGACGAGGAGGGUGGCCGGCGUGUGCGGCUUGCAUCGCAGGCGACCAAUGCAACAACAACAACAACAACAAUCGGACCCGCGGCGCCUAGACCUGACGCAAAAGGGGCCCAGGGCCCUUCCUCUCCCCCUCAAGGCGCUGUGAACGAAGACGAGAUCGCGCUCGACGAUAGUGACGACGACGGAAUGGACGACGGCGCCGGUGCCGGGCCAGCACUUCCUCCAACCCCCAACAAACCGGCGCGCCCUGUCAUGGGACCGACAAUGGGCCCAACAAUGCCGCCGCCGCCAUCGCACACAGGUUCGCAAAGUAUGGGAACGGAGGACUCGGGCAGGUUUGGCACACAAGGAAGACGUGCAAGGUCAGAGUCUAGGUCAAGCUCGGGCUCCGACUCUGAAGACUCAGACUACGGCCCGGCCUUGCCCAAAGCAGGCGAUGACCACCGAAAUGCGGCAGCGGCAGCCGGUGACGACGCGGAGACGGGCUUGGACAACGAUGAUGCGCUGGGUGCUUCUUCCUUUGAUCCCUACAGUGCCACCCCGGCACAGCGCGACGACUGGAUGAUGGCGCCUCCGGCCGAUGGCACGGCCGCAAGCCGCGCUGCCGACCCGACCAAAAUCCGUUCACGCGGGUUUGCCACGGGCCGAGCAGCAGCAGUGGGUGGUGGCGGCGGCGGUGGCGGCGGUGGCGGCGGUGGAGGUGUUGCAUCGUCAGCGAUCGGGAGCCUCUGGACCGAGACCCUGCAGCAAAAGUCCCAGCGGCUGGCAGACACGGUACUGGGCCGCGCACCAGACCCACGGCAAGGGCGGCCAAGCGCGGCGGCGGCAGCAGCACCCACAUCAACAAUGUCGCCUGCUGAAGCCGCCGCGAACGCUGCACGCGAGGCACAGAUCCGGGCCUACACCGAAUCAACGCGGGGCAAGAGUUUGUACGACGCCCACCAAGAAUCACGAAAGGGUGGGAAAUCAAAGAAGGACAAGGAACGAGACGACACGAAGGACCACGAUCGAGAUCGAGAUCGGGGUCGGGAUCGUGAACGACAUCGUGAAAGGGAGAGAGACCGUGACCGUGAUGGUAGACGAGAGAGGGAUCGGGGAGACCGCGAGGAGAGGAGAAAGCGGGACCGCGACCUGGACCGGGACCGGGAAGACAGGAACAACCGAGAGAGCCGUCGUGAUAGAGACCGGAAGGACCACCGCAGUGAUCGGAGCCAUCGAGACGACCGGGACAGGGGAGACGGGAAGGAGAGGCGGAGUAAAAGGAACGACGGAGACGACAAAGAGGAUAGGGAAGACAGACAUAGGCGCCACAGACGCGAGGAGAAGGAGCGAGAACGGCGGCACGAUAGACACGAUCGACAUGACGGACACGACCGUCACGACCGUCACGACCAUCGCAGUCGCCGUGACCGGGACGACCAGGACGGUUUCGACGCCGACGUUCGCUCCACCAAACCCACAGAAGAGGACGACGACCCAAGCGCCCGCGCGUUUGACCGUGAAAAGGACAUGCGCAUCGGCGUGCAAAUCAGCAACAAGCAGCGCAGGGAUCUGGUCAGCCGCGCCGGCGACUUUGGCGGUCGGUUCUCCAAAGGCAGCUUUUUGUAG